AUGACAAAAAAAACUUCUUUCCCACAUGUCCGUGCUUGGCAAAUUGUAAACGAUCAUCCAAAAUGGAAGGUAGCUCCAAAUGAGGUUGCAAGCGUGAAACGAGCAACCAAACGGUCUAAAACUUCCGAGUCAGGAAGUUAUAGCGUUGGAGGCUCAACCGGUCGUUGCCAAAUAAAUAUCAAUGACGAGCCCGAGUAUGACGAGGAGCCGAUUGGAGAGAAAGAACGUCCCCCAAGAAGGGACAAAAGUAAAAAGAUAGCGGCUGAAAAAAGGAAACAAGCCGCAUCAGGAAGUGGUGGUGGUUCGAAGUUGGAAGGUAUUAUGACCGAGUUGAAAGCAUUCAACCAAACCUUUACCGAGACGCAAACCGAGAAGGUAAAGGUGAAGAAACGACAAGCCGAGGAGAAGCAAAGGAGGCAAGAAGAAGCGCAACAGUUGGAGGAAUGGAAAAUAAUGACCACCGACCUUAGCGCAUAUCCACCGGAAGACUGUCCCAUUUUACAAAUGAUGAAGGAAAAAAUUAGGAAAAAAUGGAGUGGGGGAGUAUAG